CCGCCUAGUGGGGUGUGGGUGACAUCUGGGUCCCACCCCAGGAUUUAUAACAACCCCCACAGCAAAAUCCACACUUAGAGGAGCUGUCAAUACCUGUCGUUACCUGCGCAGCAGUCGCUACAGAUUCUGAAAACACUAAAUUAAUUAUAGUCUGUGGAGGAAAUCACGGUAUGUCUGCGGAGAGGAAGAAGUCCUGGUGGGCAAGGUGUUGUUCAUGCUGUGCCAGUGGUAGAGAAGACACUGAUGAAUAUGUAGGAGGAGGUGCAGGAAGACCAUCAGACAGACCAACUCAUACUAGUGGUAUAGAUGGAUCAGGGACCUAUCCAGAUGGGUCUGGGGGCAAUACAGAAAGGCCAGGAAACAAUGCAGAAAGGCCAGGCGACAAUGCAGAAAGGCCAGGAAACAAUGCAGACAGGUCAGGAGGCAACACUGACAGAAAUGGUGGCAGCACUAACAUACCUCUGGACAACAUACCCUCUGGAGAGAUAAGCAGGUCAGCGCUACAAGUGCAAAGUGUGGACCUCCUAAAGGCGCGGAGUGGAGAAAACCGCCGGUCACAUCACACAGAUGAAUUUGAAUAUGAUGAGCUGAUUGUUCGUAGGGGACAGCCCUUCCAGAUCUGUGUAACUUUUAAGAGGGCCUUCAAUCCGAAGAGUGAUCAGAUAUGUAUUUUACUACAGAUGGCUAAUUCUCAAGCAGUCACCUUGCCCAUGGUUAAAGAGUUUGAUGAGGGUGGUUGGGGUUGUCAGGUAUCUGAAGCCAGUGGUCAAAAGGUGACUCUGUGGUUGAACACUCCACCUCAGGCUCCAAUAGGAAAAUACCAAUUAUCAGUGAAGACCCAAAGCCCUGGAGGAUCCUACACGCACCCAUCAGACCCUAACCUCAGGCUCUAUCUCUUGUUCAAUGCUUGGUGCCGCUUGGAUUCUGUCUUUAUGGACAAUGAGUCAUGGCGUCAGGAAUAUGUUCUAAAUGAGAUUGGACGUAUUUAUUAUGGCACAGAACACCAGAUUGGAGAAAGGUCCUGGAACUAUGGACAGUUUGAUAAAGGAGUCUUAGAUGCUGUUCUUUAUUUAAUGGAUCGUGGAGGAUUAUCACCUACAGCAAGAGGGGAUCCCAUCAAUGUUACACGGGUCAUGUCUGCCAUGGUAAAUUCUAUGGACGAUAGUGGCGUGGUUGCUGGAAGCUGGUCGGGUGAUUAUGCCGAUGGAGUAAACCCAGUUGCCUGGGUAGGCAGUGUAGACAUUCUACUCCGCUUCCACCAGACAGGAGCCCCUGUCAAAUAUGGGCAGUGCUGGGUGUUUGCUGGUGUCACAACAACAGUACUCCGCUGUCUUGGGAUUCCAGGACGUACCAUCACAAAUUUUGCCUCUGCUCAUGACACUGACGGAAACCUAACUUUUGAUGUUUAUUUUGAUGAGAACAUGAAGCCAAUUGAGGAAAAAAAUGCUGACUCUGUCUGGAAUUACCACGUGUGGAAUGACUGCUGGAUGACACGGCCAGAUCUGCCUCCAGGAUUCAGUGGCUGGCAGGCCAUUGAUGCCACACCCCAGGAGACUAGUAAUGGUAUCUACUGUUGUGGACCAUCUCCAGUUCUUGCCAUCAAGAAUGGAUUAGUGAACAUAAAAUAUGACACUGCAUUCAUCUUUGCCGAGGUAAACAGCGACAAAGUUUUCUACCAACGUAUGGCAAAUGGACAAUUCAAAAGGAUUCAUGUGGAGGAGCGAGCCGUGGGACAUUGCAUAAGUACAAAGGCUGUCGGCUCAAAUGCAAGAGAGGACAUCACCUACCUCUACAAGUACCCCGAAGGUUCUGCAGAAGAAAGGAACUCCGUCCGCACAGCAGCCAAGUAUGGUAACAAGCCAAUGGCAGUUGCAGAACCCGAAGAAACAGAAGAUAUAUCUAUGACUAUUGAGUCACAGGAUGGAGUCCUAAUGGGCAGUGACAUCAAUGUCCGUGUCUUGCUGAAGAAUGGAAGCAGCAGCAGGCGUUCUGUGUCCUUAUCCAUGUGUGUUGCUGUUAUGUUUUAUAACGGCGUGUGCAAAGAGUCAUUUAAGGAUGAGACUCGUGAGGUUGCUCUGAACCCCGGAGAAACAAAGGCUGUGGGUAUGCUGGUGAGUUAUCAAGAGUAUCGGACACAAUUGGUGGAUCAAGCAGCAAUGAUGUUGACAGUGUCCGGGAUUGUGAGAGAAACAGGCCAGAAAUUGGCCAAACAGUACACGUUUAGAAUACGAACUCCUGACCUGGUCAUCAGGGUACAUGGUGAUGCUGUUGUUGGACAGCAGAUUGUGGCUGAGAUCAUAUUCCAGAAUCCUCUCCAGAUAACUUUGCACAAUGCAGCAUUCCAUGUAGAAGGACCAGGCUUGCAGAGGCCUAAAGUUGUACACAUUGGGGAUAUCGGACCUCAGAAGACAGUCUCUAUCACAGAACGCUUUACACCACGUCGUCCAGGUCCCCGUCAGUUGAUCGCCUCAUUGGAGAGUAAUGAGCUGAGCCAAGUGCACGGAGUCACUGAAGUUGUUGUGCGUAGCAGCUGAAUUAAUCUGGAGCCAAACCAAAGCUGAUCUAGAGCCAUCAUGCAUUACUCAUUCAGUAUUAAUGGAUGACAAAGACUGAUGACUGCAAACUUGAAAUAACUGUAUUUCUGAAUGUGCCCUUACUGACAUACCAAGGUUUUACAUGUGAUUACACCAGACGGGACAGUGUGACUUCACUGAUCAAUGACAUAUUCCACAGACCAUCGUGACAGUCAAAACUAUUAAUUCACAAGAAGAAGAUCUGACCUUUUUAAAGACUAUGUCUCUGGAUUUAAUCUCACUCUCAGGGACCACUUGAUAACUGAACAGAAGCUGUAUGGAUCCAUUUCUCAUGUUGGGAUGAUGGCUCACUAAGAUGGCACUCAAACAAAUGAUAUGUGGGUGUAGGCCAUAUUAGUCAGAGAGCAGACUGGUUAAUUAAGUUUGUGGAAUCGUAACAACCGUGAUGUUGUAGGUGUCAACAAUGCCUUAAAAAAACUUGUCUGAAAGCACAGGAGAAUAUAUCAAGGACUCUGUGGAAUUUAUUGGGAAUUAAACCUUUGCAUCGGUGUAAAAUCACAGUCAAGAAACAGAUGCAUAUACCUGAGCCAGAUGUAGCCAUCCCGAACUCUGUUCUUUGUACUUAGCGGUUCGUCCUGCACGUGCAUUCCCUGUCUAUGCAGUGUGCUGACAUCCCCAAUUAUUAUUUGUCUGGGUCCUACUGUGUCCAGAUGUCCGAUUGCACAGCUAAACCAAACUUGAUUCUCUGUUCAGGUGGCUUACAGGCUUUCACAAAACUAAGGGAUUUUUUUAGUAAUCAGAAUUGGAAUAUUAUGUAAGGUUUCACUUGGUUCUGUUGGAUAUUCUGCUGACCUUAUGCUUUUCCCCAAGCCCAUGUGAAAUGGCAGAAUCAAGCCACUUAUUUACAGUUGGACACAUUAACUGUGAUCAGAUAAAGCACUGGACUUAUAUGUGUACCUUUUUAAUUAAAAUAAAUAUAUGUAUUUUAUUGUUUAUUUCAAUAAAUAUUUUACUAUUUUUACCAA